AUGUUUCGUUCGAGUCUUCGUAAUAUUUACACCAAACGAGCUCUGUAUAAUCAAUCAAAUUUACCGCAAUCAUUCGUUAAAUCAUUCGCUAUUAACACGCGAUAUUUCACAUCAUCUCAACCGUUGCAGUCAUCUACGAUAUACGGAACAUCUAUAACCGAAAAAAAUUCUAAGGUCUUAAAUCAAAUUCCCGAAGAAUUAUUAUUACAUACUCAUAAUCCAAAACCUGUUCGUCAUGAAAUUAUUGAAUCAAAAGCUCCUUUGAAAACCAAAGAUUUAGAGAAACUUGACAUUAAAGUUGGUUUACAUCGUGAUCCAGUUACUUUGAGUGAUAAACUAGCUUUUAAAAUCGUUAAAUUAUUAAGGGUUCCUUCUGAUUGGUUGUUUAAGAAGAAAUAUGUUCAUCGUGCUGUUAUGUUGGAAACCGUUGCUGCGGUUCCUGGUAUGGUUGGAGGCACAAUUCGACAUCUCCGUUCUUUAAGAAAAUUGCAACAUGACGGCGGUUGGAUAGAUCAUUUGCUUCACGAAGCCGAAAACGAACGCAUGCAUUUAAUGACGUGGAUGCGUAUCUCAAAACCUAAAAUAUGGGAACGAGGUUUAAUCACCAUCGUACAAGGUGUAUUUUAUAACGCGUUCUUUGCGUUAUAUCUACUUAGUCCAAAAACUGCUCAUCGUGUAGUCGGCUACCUUGAAGAAGAAGCCAUCGUAUCUUACACGUCUUUUUUAAAUGAAAUUGAAAAUGGACAUAUUGAAAAUACCAAAGAUAUUCCAGACCUCGCCAUAGAUUAUUGGCAUUUAGAUAAAGAUACUGCGACGUUAAAAGACCUGGUUCUAGCAGUUAGAGCAGAUGAAGCUACACAUCGUGAUACUAAUCAUCAUUUUGCUGAUAGAAUUAUCCUUGGUCAUGAAGACUUGAGAGAUGAUAUCAAACGAAUUUUCGACAAAUCCGAGAGUAAUAAAGUUAAAAGGAUAGCUGGUUUGAGUCAAGAUGCCUCUGAAAAAUGGAAAUGGAAUAAUUAA